AUGCGUGCAGCUACCGUAUCUCGCAAAUUCGCCGCUAACUUACUCCUUUUCUGCGCGUCGUCAGCAGAGACCCACCUCCCAUGCGCCUCUGUGCGCCUUCAGACCUGUUUGGAUUCAGGGAUUGUAGCCGGGUCUCUUACCGCUCUGUACGACCCCGGCCUGCCCCCUCGUGGACAGAGUCUACCCUCUUUCCGCUGCUCGGCUCUGGAGUGCCCCAGUACCCAUCCGUCAGCAGGCCAAGACCAGGCGCUGCACGUCCUCCUUCCCACACACGCCCCUGGACUCGGGGCUCCCUUCGCCGAGCACAUUUCGCCUAGCCGUCCGUCCAGUGUACAUCCAGAAGAGGACGCACUCUGCCAAAUGGGCGGCAGGCCGUCGUCUCUUGGACAUCGAUCUGAAAGCAGCGGCCCUACCCUCAACAGCUCGCUGUUGGAGGGGUUUUCCGCUGUGCCGGGUUUUCAUGGUGUCGUCAAGUCGCACGGUGUCGUCGAGUCUCCCAGUGCAACGUUGGGAGGGCCAUGCCACACUAUGCACGGCUUGCCCUGCAAUGUCUUCCUACAAGUCUGGGGUACGUCCCAUUUUCUGAAAUGUCUCGCAGCAUAUGUCUUGAUUGCAUGCAUCAGUAUUGGCCUGUUGGCCCUAGCCUCGCGGCUUCUUCUCGACCAAACUGCUCCAGUGAGAGUCUUCGAUGGCAGUCGCCGCACGAUCGGCGGCCAUCUGUCUCGUGUUAUCCAUUAUGGCGAGCUUGAGGAUUUCGUAGUGAAUGGCCCUGUAGUAGAAGAUAUUGACAACCUAGGACUGAUCUUCAAGGGAUUGUAUUCUGACAUAGAGGUUUUGGAGUAUCCUCCCAGCAUUUAUCUACAUGUCAAAGCAGAUGUUGCAGUCAUUCUGCCUUUACUUACUGCUCGUGAAUGUGUCUCUGUGGCAGCCAAACAUGGCAUUCUGUGUGGUAAGAAAUGUGCAAAGUCCCUGGUUAUUGAUAUGGCUCAAAAUCAUUCGUGUGCAAUUUGCUACUCCCUCACAUAUGUAUUUGAGAUAAGGGCAACAAAAAAGUUCACUACCUAUUUCAGUCGUAUUCCUUUGCAAGAGAAACAACACAUAGAGACAGCUCGGACGGUCAAAUCCAAGAAAGCUGACGAGCCCAUGGACGUAGAAUUCCCACCAUUGCCAGGUGUAUGUUGCAGUCCACCACAUGUUCAUCUGACAUUCAGGUGA